AUGAACCCAGAAUCAGUCGUCUACGGGCGAAGCCCCCGUACGCUCUUCCGUCGAUGCGUCGUCAACUGCCCGACCGAGGCGCCGCCGUGUCCACCCUGCAAGGGCACUGAAAUAUGCACCCUCACGGCCAAAUCGUGCGAGGCCUGCGCUGCUGCUAUCUGCGUCCCCGAUCCCCUCGCCAGCCAGCCGUCGGACGACUCGGGCGCUCCAACAGGCGCUAUUGCCGGCGGUGUCGUCGGCGGCAUCGCCCUCAUCGCUGCCAUCGUGCUUACCUGGUGGUUUUGUGUCCGGCGUCGACGCAAGAACACUGAGCUGUGGGAUGAGAAGACAAACGCCAGCAGCGUCGACGUAGACAGCAACAACCAGAAGAGGCACUCUGCUGUCGGCUCCAUCGCCUCCACUGUCCUCACACGCGCCUCCAACGUCAUCCAGAUCGCAUACAUCCCCGGCAUCACCAACAGAUCCGCUCCCGGCUCACCAGACCUCAUGGUCCCUCCUGUGCCACCAAUCCCAUCCGCCGUCGCCAGCGGACAGAACCAGCACUUCUUCAUGCCUGGCGACAUUCGUGACUCCAUGUGGUCUGGCAUGACCGAUGACGACGGCAAGAGCAUUAGCCCCAGUCUCGCUCGCAGCAGCGUUGCCACGACCAUCUACCGUCAUAACGCCAUCGUCAGUCCCGUCCCGGCCCAGGAGGCCUACCAGGCCAGGGCAAACAUCGUCAGCGUCAAGUCAGGCGCCAGCUCCUCCUCCUCUCAGUCGUCUCCAAAAGUCCCGGCCAUCACCAACUCACAGAUCAACAAAGCCAAUGCAGUUGCAGCGAAGCUUGGUGUCAGCUCGAUCGUUGCUCGCAGCGCAGUCGCUCGUCCUAUCAACGUUACAAAGGGUGGUCGCUCCAAGACGACGACCACGGCAACAACUAUCACCGACAACAAUUCUUCACAAAGUACACCCAAGGUCACCGUCGAAUCGCCUGAACACAGCCCAUCCACCGGCGAGUCUAGCAACGAUUACUCCAGCCCAAGGACGAUGCUACCACCACCGUGCCGUGGAUCCAUCCAGUCACUUGCAGUCAACGAAAUAGAUGACUCUCCUGAGCCAAAACAAAGCCCAUUUGCCGACCCAAUUGCUGAAGAAGAACCCAUACCCUCGUCUUCCUUAGCCAGCGGUCCAAACGGCCAGUCAAAACGAAGUGCCAGCCCUUUUGAUGACAAACAUGAGGUCAAGGGGUAG